CUCAGGAGAGGUAAUAGUUAGUUCUGUACUAAUUAUCCCAUUUUAUGCACAACUGGUUUUAGUUAUACAGGGUUUAAUAUCUCAUUUUCAGUAAAAUGUCUGGAAGUGUGAAAGAUGAUAUAGAUAAAAGUUCAAUAAUGGACAGUGGAGAAAUAGAAGAAAGGAUUGUUGAUAUCUACAUCACUGCAGAGGCUGUAAGAGAUCUUAAACACAAGAAAGAAGUGGAGGACUUUAACAUAACAACAACCAAACCAACUGAACCCACAGGAAGUGAGUGUGUGAUGAACAGAAGUUACAGAUCAGUUACAGUGUGUUUGGUGCUGCUGUGUGUUCUUCUACUGACUGCAGUCAUAGUGCUGUGUGUCCUGAUCAUAACAAUCAAUCACCAGUUUCACAUCACCAGCAAAAACAUCACAGAAGAGAGAGACCAGCUACUAACCAAAUAUACCAACAUCACUAAAGAGAGAGACCAGCUAUUAACCAACAAUACCAACCUUAUAAAAGAGAGAGACCAGCUACUAACCAACAAUACCAACCUCACAAAAGACAGAGUCCAGCUACUAUUAAAUAAUAAAAAUUUGACAACCGAAAAUGAUAGAUUAUUAACCAACCUUAAUAAACAAAGAGAGCAGUUAAAUGCAACAAUGGAGAUUCUAAAAAGAGAUGGAUUGGCAGUAUUUCAAUCUAGUUUGUACUUCAUUUCAUCUGAUAUGAAGACCUGGAGCGAUAGCAGAACAAACUGCACACAGAGAGGAGCAGAUCUGAUCAUCAUUAACAAUCAAGAGGAACAAGAUUUUUUUAAGAAUAUGCCUGGUAUACACUGGAUUGGUUUGUCUGACAGUGUUGUAGAGGACAGAUGGAAAUGGGUUGACGGUACCACAAUGACCACUAGCUUCUGGGACAAAUCUACAAAUGAGCCAAAUGGAGGAACAAAAGAAAACUGUGCUGUAACUUCUUCAUCAGGGUGGAUUGAUUACUCAUGUAGUAAUACCUAUAAGUGGAUCUUUAAAAGCCUAGCAGCCACCGACCACAGCGCUUUGAUCUGCUUGUCACCGAGGGCGCCCACCUGCAUCUACCCCGAUAAGAUGCAGGCAGAGCACCCAGCCCUUUGGAGCCCCAGCGAAAAACACAAGAGUAAGCGGCCUGCGGCGAGCGACCUGGAAGUUGUGGGGGAGAACGUGACCACACUACUCCCUUUUCCGAUGGAGGCUCAGCUGAAGAAUUUUUGUUCUGUUUUACUGCUGGCUGAAAACUGCAGACCCAACUGCAGAACUCCCCCACCUCAGGCAUCCAUGGAGAGACUCGACACGGGCACCUGUGCUCUGCCCAGCUUGAAAAAGGCUUGGAGAGUGAUCGACAGUGCAGAGCUGUGUCUUCCUUAUCUGCCUCUCUCACCAGUGCACACUUUGGGCUUGAAGACCACAGGCAGUGGUUAUAUAGUUAUAGUGGUAAACAGUAAAAUGUAUAAAAAUAUGGAUAAAAUUAUAGAUAAAAGUACAACAAUGGACAGAGGAGAAAAGGAAGAAAGGAUUGAUGAUAUCUACAUCAAUGAAGAGGCUGCUAGAUAUCUUAAACACAAGAAAGAGAUGAAGGAAUCUAACAGGACAACAACCAAACCAUCUGAACACACAGGAAGUGAAUGUGUGAUGAAAAGAGGUUACAGAUCAGUUACAGUGUGUUUGCUGCUGCUGUGUGUUCUUCUACUGACUGCAGUCAUAGUGCUUCUGAUCAACACAAACAAUCACCAGUCUCACAUCACCAGCAGAAACAUCACAGAUGAGAGAGACAAGCUACUAACCAAAUAUAAAGAAGAGAGAGACCAGCUACUAACCAAAUAUACCAACAUCACAAAAGAGAGAGACCAGCUACUAUUAAAUAACAAAAAUUUGACAACAGAAAAUGAUAGAUUAUUAACCAACCUUAAUAAACAAAGAGAGCAGUUAAAUGCAACGAUGGAGAUUUUAAAAAGAGAUGGAUUGACAGUAUUUCAGUCUAGUUUGUACUUCAUUUCAUCUGAGAAGAAGACCUGGAACGAGAGCAGAACAAACUGCACACAGAGAGGAGCAGAUCUGAUCAUCAUUAACAAUAAAGAGGAGCAAGAUUUUUUUAAGAAUAUGCCUGGUAUACACUGGAUUGGUUUGUCUGACAGUGAUGUAGAGGGCACAUGGAAAUGGGUUGACGGUAGCACACUGAACACUAGUUUCAGCUUCUGGGACAAAUCUGUAAAUGAGCCCAAUGGAGGAACAAAAGAGAACUGUGCUGUAACUUAUUCAUCAGGGUGGAUUGAUUACUCAUGUACUAAUACCUAUAAGUGGAUCUGUGAGAAAAACUUUGUUUAAAUGAGAUGCAUGUUUUUUCAGUAAACUAAGAACACCAUUUUUAAACAGUCUGUCUGAGCAGGAUAACAUUUACUAAGUGAUCUCACUG